AUGACAUCCUUAAGAGAUAAACAGAUAGGUGCCCUUAGGCAGAUGUUAAAUCUAAAUCAACCAGAAUCUAAAGGAAUAGCGACCGAACCAGUUUGGAAAAUAUUAAUUUAUGAUCGCUGUGGACAAGAUAUAAUUUCUCCUUUGAUAUCUGUCAAAGAGCUCAGGGAAAUAGGAGUAACUCUUCAUGUACAGCUUCACUCCGAUAGAGAUCCUAUUCCUGAUGUUCCUGCAGUGUAUUUUUGUUUGCCGACUGAUGAAAACUUGGGUAGGAUAAGUCAAGAUUUGCAAAGGAAUGUAUACGAUAUCUAUCACUUAAAUUUCAUAUCUCCUCUCUCAAGGCAAAGACUAGAGGAUCUUGCUUCAGCUGCUCUGCAAGCAAAUUGUGUUUCGAAUAUUCAUAAGGUUUUUGAUCAGUAUCUUAAUUUCAUUUCUCUAGAAGAAGAUAUGUUUAUACUUAAACAUCAAAGUAGCGAUGAAAUAUCAUAUUAUGCUAUUAAUAGGGGAGAUAUAAAAGAUACUGAAAUGGACAGUAUCAUGGACUCAGUUGUAGAUAGUUUAUUCUCAGUAUUUGCUACAUUAGGGACUGUACCAAUUAUUCGAUGUCCUAGAGGAAACGCAGCUGAAAUGGUUGCUGAAAAAUUAGAUAAAAAACUUAGAGAAAAUCUUAGGGACACUAGAAAUAGCUUAUUACUUAUGGAUACUGUUCAAGCUGGAAAUUUUAGUUUUCAGAGACCUUUGCUGAUUGUUUUGGAUCGGAACGUUGACAUGGCGACUCCACUCCAUCACACAUGGACCUAUCAGGCUCUUUGCCACGAUGUUCUUGAUCUGUCGUUGAACAGGUUAAUCGUGGAAGAAAGUGCUGGUAAAUCUCCAGGAGGCGGUGCAAGGGCUAAAGCCAGAGCCUGCGAUCUUGAUAGUAAAGAUAAGUUCUGGGCUGUGCACAAGGGAAGUCCGUUUCCAAACGUGGCAGAGGCUAUUCAGGAAGAGCUGGAAGAAUAUCGGGCCUCGGAGGAUGAAGUGAAGAGGCUCAAAGCUUCAAUGGGGCUAGACAAUGAGAGUGAUGCUGCAUUUUCUAUGAUGACAGAUAAUACAGCCAAAUUGACAUCAGCUGUUAAUUCCCUGCCGCAGCUUUUGGAGAAGAAAAGGCUUAUCGACAUGCACACUACAAUUGCUACAGCUGUUUUGAAUUCAAUCAAAUUGAGGAGGUUGGACACACUUUUUGAAUAUGAAGAAAAGAUUAUGGCCGGAACGACAUUAGAGAAGCCUCUCCUAGAUAUUUUAACCGACACCGAAGCGGGCACUCCGGACGACAAAAUGAGGCUGUUCUUGAUUUAUUACAUCUGCACUGACUUGAUUCCUGAGACCGACCUCAACAAGUAUUCUGAGGCUCUUCAAACUGUCGGAUGUGAUUCAGACGCGUUGAACUACAUCAAACGGUGGAAAGCCUAUGCUAAAAUGGCUGCGAUGCCGAGCGAGUAUUCCGGAGGUGGUACGAAAACAGUCAGCAUGUUUUCGAAACUAGUUUCUAAAGGAUCUUCAUUUGUAAUGGAAGGAGUGAAAAAUCUUGUCGUUAAAAAGCAUAACCUACCUGUGACGAGGAUAGUAGAUCAGCUGAUGGAGAUGAAGGGAUGUGAUGAUUACAGAUAUUUUGAUCCGAAACAGUUGAGGUCUGUCGAUCCCGCUCGGAACAAAACCACGGCCAAUGAAGCAAUCGUUUUCGUCGUCGGUGGUGGCAAUUAUAUCGAGUAUCAAAAUCUCAUGGAUUAUGCUAAGAGUAAAUCGGGAGCUGGUAGCGGACCGUUGAAAAGGAUCGUUUAUGGUUCGACAACGCUCACCAAUUCCAAGCAGUUUUUGAAACAAUUAUGCCUUCUCGGAAAAGAAAUGCACUGA